CUCAAAAAUGGGUAAGAAGUGAUAAUCCUCGACCGGUUUUGCCAUCUAAGUUGCAACAGAUUUAGAUCGACUACAGGAAAUGCUUCGACAUCUAGGACAUUUUAACUUAUGUCGCAUUCAGAUAUGAUUCCUGUUGCUCUAUCAUGAAUCAUACCGAUGGACAGCCCCACCGCAGGAAUAAGGGAUACCGAGGAGAAAAAACGAACACAAAUAAAAACAAUGACGAGGAAAUUGGGAUCAAUCGGAAGCAACAUGAUCGCGGGACACAUUGCCACACUCAUCAAUUUCAWCAUUUCCGGAUGAAACGAAAUAUUUUGUACUCGUCGGCAACGGCGUUGUUGUUCAUCGUUCUAACGAUAUACCAAUUUCAAGAUUAYUUUGAUGAACGAUUGCAAGACAAGUAUUGGAGAGCGAUGCUUCUCUUGCCACUGCGAUAUCUUCGUGUCAAAUUCAUGGACCAACGACCAACCCGUCCAAAAACUUUCACGCUGAAAGCAACCAGAUCGUUUGUGAUCAAUCUUGAUGCAGACAAAAAGCGAUGGAGAUUUUUUCAAGAAUCGAAUCAGCAGCAAUUACAAAGUAUUACUCGAUUUCCUGCGACUUCGCUUCAAACCAUUCACGACGACGAAAGAGARCACUACUUUCUAGAAAAAUAUCAGUUUCUUCGCAAUCUCAUCAAAAAUGAAGGCAAAGGUUCGGCAGCAUGCGCCAUAUCACACUUGAAGUURUUAUUAGAAUUUGUCUCCAAUACCGCAAACGAUGAUGACUACAUUUUUGUUUUUGAGGACGACGCACUGCUAACAUCCCAUUUGCUUCAAUACGGAUUCGUAGUAGGGCCAGACAAUGCGGAUUUCAUUCUGCUAUCGGAGUAUUCAUCGGCACAUAUCUAUGUUCCAUUUGACAAAACAGAUGUAAACACGAAUGUGAACGAUCUUUCAAAAAAAUCGUUGGAAGAAAAUUUGUUACAAAAYUACGCAGAGAMAAUCAAUACGGCAACACGUGUGGUGAGUGGUUACACGGCAAUUGGWUACAUUGUAACAAGACGCGGUGCAAAAGUCGUAUUGGAUGGAAUGAAGAAGGAARAAGAGCUUCCAGUAGAYCUAUACUUUUUCGCAAAUCCGCAAAUAAAGGCCUAUCUACCGUUGCUUGGUUGGCCAUUGGUACAGCACCACCAGCCCUCCCAAUCUGUUCGAAGAGACAAGAACAAAGAAUGACGAAGAGUAGAAUUUCGCACAUCAAAUUCAAGCAUUUCAUUUUAUGAUAAAUAAGGACAGAUAAUCAUUUUUGGCUUGCAGAUAAAAUUGCAUAAGCUUCGAAAGGCGAUAUUAAAUAGACKUGUUUGCA